UGUAUACUGUAUAGAUUGUGAUGUAAUUUUUUUUUUAAUAACUAAAUAUAAAUUACAUUUCACCUGUUCCGUUGACUUAAAUUGGAGUAAAACAAAAAUAUAACGAUGAAGUUGUCGCAAGUAUUACAUAGACAACAUAUUGGUUUUAUGUUUAAAAAACAUUGGAUGGUCCAAGGCAAACGCGUGCCGAUUGAUACUGGUGUUGAAGAUAGCUUAAAACAAAAAGGAAUUCCAUUUGAAGAUGCUUUAGAAUUCAUAAAAGAAAAACAAGAGCCAAAAGAACGAAUUAAAAUUGUAGGUCCUUAUGAACAUCCUCUUCCACAAGAUGAAAAUCAUCCAGAUUUUAAAGAGAGACCCUGUUACACUCUUAAGAAAUCCAAUGUGCUUUUGGAAGGUAUCUCUCAAGCGCAAGUACUUACAAAGACUAUAAUAGCUGAAGAUGUGUUGCCUCAAAGAAUUGAGGAGCUUGCAGAGUUACCAGCUCCAAAAGCUAUUCACAGAGGAGUUAAACAGGCAAUAUUAAAUGCAAAUGUAUUUGAUUGUGAACAAAAAAAAUUACCAAAAAAAAAAGAUCCUUUAAGACCAGCCUAUAACUUUUCAAGAAUAUUGGGUAUUUCCGAUAAACGAAGAAACUUAAAUUUAACAAACAAAUUGCUUCAAUUGGUUGAAAAAAGUAAUGAUGCAGAAGUGACUCAAAACAAAUAUGUACUAAAUGAUGUUGAAAGUCUAAGUGUAUUUGAUAAAGAAGAUGAUUUAAUACAGUUUCAAGAAAUGUCCAACAUCCUGGUCACAAGCAAUAAGCCCUUGAAACAUGACUUGAAUGAAUCAAAUAUACCAUUUAUUGAAAUACCUGAUUUGUAUCCAGUGAAGCACACAGUAACAUUACCUCCAGAACACUUUUACGCAGAAAGUAGCAAAUAUCCUGUGCGAUCAAGUAUAAUCAAAAAGCAUCCACACACUACCUGGCUCCAUUUCAACAGCACAGAAGUGAACAACAUCUACGAGACACCCGUCACACCAACACAGAUACUGGGACGUUCCCUUACUCAUGCAUUUACAGUAGCCACUGCAUAUGCAAAACAAUUAUAUGGGGAGGAUGUAAAAGACCUACCCGACCCAAUACACUUAAAUUGCAUUCAAACAGAUGGCCAGCGUUUUCAUUUUGGAGUGUUGGAGUUAAACACACUUAAUUUGGAUGGUACCGAAGGCACCAAGAAUGUAUGGUAUUGCAAAAAUGACCUUAAGUUGUACGACUCCUGCAGAUACUUAAGUGCUAUACCUGUUUUAGAAAACUAUAACCCGAAAGUAUAUGGUUAUAUCAACGCUUUUUAUAAUUGUUAAAAAAAUGCAAAUGUUAAGAAUAAUAAUUUAGUAAUAAAUAGAUUUUUACCAAAA